ACUGUGAAGAGUAGCCUGCAUAUUACAACUGGGUAUUUUUGGGAUCACCGUGACAGCUACUACACUGUUCAUGAAUUUACAGGAAAUCGCUUCCUUUCAACGUCCAAGGGAAAUACCCCUGGCUCAGCGCUCCUCCCUCCUGCGUCUCAGGCUGACCAAAUGGGCAGAGCGACGGCAGAACCACGGUAGAGCUUGGGGAGCUGCGACGGGAGCGCACGGCUGUUCCGCCGUUUACAACUCGUUUCACCAAGAUGCAUUUAUUACCGAUGAUGAUAAUAAUGAUGUGGGCUCUUGUGGUGAUGACCACUGCUCAGCCCCAGUGUGACCCACUAACUCAGUAUGAGCUGCAUGGGCUUUGCUGCAAAAAGUGUGGUCCAGGGACCAGUAUGUCACUGACCGGAACUUGUUUGGAGCCUCAGUGCAAAGAAUGUAGGGAGAACGAAUAUCAGGAAGACUACACAACUGAACCUGUGUGUCCUCGCCAGCAGUACUGUGACCCUAAUAAAAACUUUGAGGUUCCUGUCCAUAAGAGCAAGACGGUACGCCACACCUGCAUGUGUAAGCUGGGAUUCCACUGCUCCUCUCAGGCCUGUUUAACCUGUGUGGCGCACACGACCUGCACACCAGGAACUGGGGCUCAGUCCAUAGGCAAUCACACACAUGACACAGUGUGCCAGAAAUGCCCCUUAGGCACAUUUUCCAAUGGGACCUCGUGGAACAGCAUCUGUCAGAAAUGGACAGUGUGUGAGGACGGACACCAUAUUCAGCGCAGUGGAACAGCCGUAUCUGACAACAUUUGUGAGAAAUCCUCACGGACUCACAUAAUAAUUAUGGUCAUUGUUGUGGCUAUUCUGAUGAUUCUACUUGUAGCUGUACUUAUGUAUCGCCUACACAGAGGAGGUAGAGAUUUAAAGGCUUGUGUCCAGUCCUGCUGCGGAGAACAGAGGGAGAUGCUGAGAGAUCCCCCUGUGACCCUCAUCGUGACUCCUGAGAAAGACCAGUCUUUGCUGGUUGAGGUGGUGGCCUUACAAGAAGAGGCUGCUUCGAGCAUGCCAGAGGAAAACGAUGAUGAGCCCACACAGGGUUUUCUGACUGAAAAUGGAAACUUUGUGACCCAGGAGAAAGGCAAAUCAGUUGUCCUCUCCCGACAGGAAUCACACCCUCAGACAUUUAUAGACUGAAACAACCAUCAAGGUCUUCGUCCUGUUGUGUUGUCACAUAUUUCACUUGCAUGUAAUUCUCCUAAUGUGUACAUUUGCUAUUAAAAUGUAAAAAAUUGAAAUCAUGUGCUAGCCAGUUACAUUGUAGUGCAUCAUUAUUAGAAGCCCGGCAUCACAUUCAUCACAUUCCUUUUAUGUCAGUAUUUUUUAAUUAUGGGCUGUUCUCACUGUAUUUCUGUUUUUAUUUAGAAGUGGUGCAUAAGUGUGUCGCUGCUGUAACUGUGCUGCAUGCUUCGCUCUAGCAUUAAAAACGUAAUGCACUUGAAUGUUAAA